AUGGAGCAAUGGAAGGGUUUGAGAUUGAUACUGUUUCCAAUGCCCCUUCAAGGCCAUUUAAACCCCAUGCUAGAACUGGCCAACCUUCUUCACCACCAAGGAUUCUCCAUAACCAUCAUCCACACCCAAUUCAACCCUCUCAACCCUUCAACCUAUCCACACUUCACCUUCCACUCAAUCCCUGUUGCCUUAUCUCAAGCUGAGGCCUCCACAAGCGAUAUUUUGGCGUUUAUUUCUCUUCUCAAUGUUAAGUGUUCUGAACCCUUCAGAGAAUGCUUGGCUAGGUUGCUAUCAGAUAAUCAGGUGCCUGUUGCUUGCUUGAUCUCUGACCUUCUGUUUCACUUCACUCAACCUGUUGCUGAGAGCCUUAAGCUCCCAAGGAUUCUAUUAAGGACUUCAGCUGCCUUUUCCUUUGUUGCUUAUGCUGCAUUUCCACUUCUGCUGGAAAAGGGUUACCUCCCCAUACAAGAUUCUCGACUAGAAGAACCAGUUAUAGAGCUUCCACCUCUCAAAAUCAAAGACCUUCCGGUGCUCAAAACUAUGGACCCAGAAAAAUACUAUGAACUAGUGUCAGGCCUGAAGAAGGAAACUGAGGCCUCACAUGGGAUCAUUUUCAAUACUUUUGAAGACCUUGAAGGAAGUUCACUGGCCACAAUUCGCCAAGAAUUCAACAUCCCAAUUUUCCCAAUAGGCCCAUUUCACAAGUGCUUCCCUGCAGCCUCUUCUUCUUCUUCAAGUAGCAGCUUAUUAUCACAAGACCAAAGCUGCAUUCGAUGGCUAAACUCCCAAGCACUAAAAUCUGUCAUCUAUGUCAGCUUUGGAAGCAUUGCUGCAAUAAGUGAAGCCCAAUUUUUGGAGAUGGCUUGGGGGCUAGCCAACAGCAACCAACCCUUUUUGUGGGUGAUCCGACCCGGAUUAGUACAUGGGUCGGAGUGGCUUGAACCACUGCCAAGUGGGUUCUUAGAGGCCCUGAAUGGGAGGGCCCACAUUGUGAAAUGGGCUCCACAAAAGGAGGUGCUGGCCCACCCAGCUGUUGGAGUGUUUUGGACUCACAAUGGUUGGAAUUCUACGUUGGAGAGUAUUUGUGAGGGGGUCCCUAUGAUUUGCAUGCCAUGUCUCAGUGAUCAAAUGGCGAAUGCAAGAUGUGUAAGUGAUGUUUGGAAAGUAGGGUUGCAGUUGGAGCAUGGGAUAAAAAGAGGUGAGAUUGAAAGAACAGUUAGGAAAAUAAUGGUGGAGAAAGAAGGGGAAGAGAUUAGAGAGAGAAUCUUCCAGCUAAUGGAGAAGGCAAAUGUUUGCAUCAAACAAGGUGGCUCUUCAUACCAAUCCUUGGAGGGCUUGGUUAAGCACAUUUUGUCAUUAGAAAAAUGAUAAUUUGCUUUCCAAACUCGGAGUCAAUGACUCUCCAACUUGGUGUUUUGAGGGCAUUGGGAGACCUUGUGUUGUUGUGUGUAGUCUAAAAUUUUUACUACUUGUAAUUUAAACCUAGAGAUUUUAACAACUUUGUGCCUUUAUUGGAGGGGGAUUGUGUAUCACCUCAAUAAUCGAUUCUAUGAAGUUUUUUUUUUGUUUUUUUAUAAAUACAUUUUUUUACAAGCGAUUUGGGGAGGGGAAAUAUUCAUUGGGUGCCUAAGAGUUUCAAACCUCUGUCCAAAAGGAUAUAGGUGGAAGAACUCAACUAACUGAGCUAUACCCCACUUGCUCGACACCAUGUAGUUAAAGGUUAUUUAGAUAGAAGAGUUUCAAAUUGGUUUUUUUGGGCUGAUUUUUUAAUGUUGAUUUGAAAGCUCAAACGGUAGAGCCCAAUAAGGGAGCCGAAAACCGAAAUAACACAAAGGCAAAGCCAGGCCCACAAUAAAGACAAAAGUAGAGGUGAAUAAGGAUUUAUAGGCCCCACCAAAUCUAUUAUGACAUGUUUACGAAUUCGUAAUUGGAUUAAGAUGAAUUGAAUUGAGGAUGAGUUGGAUCAAGGAGAAUUAGAUUCCGGAUUCCUAUUAAAGUUGUUUAUUAAACUAUAUGGAUUGAGGAGAGUUAUAUUCGGAAUUCCUAUUGAAGUUGUUUCCUAAACUAUAUAUGGAAUUGGGGUAGAAGUGGUGCUAAUUAUUAAAAUGUCCUCGUCGUUAGGUUAAAAUAUAUGGCAAAUUUGAAAUUUUUAAAAUUGUGUGAGGAUAUAAUGGGUAAAAAAGAUGAAUUUCUAAUGCCCUAGUUCUCCAGGAAUUAGAAUACCAUCU